AUGGUAAAUGAGAUGGGGAACACAAAUUCAUCAGUAGAUCAAGCAGAGAAUGCUGCAGUUGACGUUCAACAAAAAGGCGAAGCUACUGGCAAUGUAGAUGGUGUUAAAGAAGAAAACAACAUAACUCCUGAAGGUGAAAGUAAAGAUAAUCAUGAGAAAGAUGCAGCUUUGCCUACUUUUGACACUUCAACAGAUAAAGAACCUCAGCUUAAGAACUCUGAAGAUGACAAAACAGAUGAAGAUAAGGGAGAGACACAAACUAAGCAGCUUUAUCAAUGUUCUGAAGUUCAAACAGAUGCUAAUGACAUAUCGAGUGAAGUCACUAAUAUUGAAAUUCAUACUUCUCAAUAUGGGCAAAAAGUUGAUCAACUUCUGGAGGAAAAUGAUGAAGUUCAUGACCAAACAUGUAACAAGAAAGGUGAGGCAGAAGGAAGUUUAUCAAAUGAUGUAGUGUUGAAGUUCGAUCCAGUUGAAUCCUCGAGUGUUGCUACUGAUACAGUAGAAGAACACUUCAAUUCAUCGCCAAGUGAGGAACAAGAAACUCCAGAGAAGGGAAGAUCAGGACAGAAUGAGGAUAAAACUCAGUUGGUCAGCUCUGAAAUUGCACUAGCUGAUAAGACUGUUGUUGCUGAUGCCAAUGAUCAAAAAGUAACCACUCAACAAGACGAAUGCUUGGCGGGAGAAUUGGAUGCCUCAGGAGUCAUGUCGAAUGAGGAGAAACAUGAGAAUAUGAGUACUGAAAGUCAGGUUGAUUUGGAUGAAACUCCUAAAGUGGAGUCCAGUUCAAGUGAUGUUACAGGCUCACUGUUGGCAGAUAGUCCACGAAUUACUCCAUCAAGUUUGUUUGCAGCAGUUGUUGAUCCACAAGACAAAUGCAUGGUUCAUACUCCAGAGACUGAAUUGAUAUCAAAUGAAUCAGAAAAAGCGGUAAAGAAAUGUGAUCAAAAGGGAACUGAGUCAUUUAUGCAGGCAGCGCAUGAAAUGCAGAAUGACAAUUCAGCUCCUUCAGUCGAAUCACACCCCAUAGAGGUUACAGAGGAAAAACUAUCAGGAAACAACACUAACACUGAUAGUGUCAUGGAUUACUCAAUUGAGGAGGAUAAGGUGAGGAGCGACAUAAAUGUUCAACCUGAUAUUCUUUAUCAUGAUCACGCGCCACCAGAAGAACAACAUGUGAAUUUUGAAGAAACAUUUGAAAUGGUGCCUGAAAUUGGAGUACUCCCUACCAAAUUCAUUGUAACAACUACAGAAGAAAAUGGUUUUCUUGAAAAAGAAAAGGUUGAAAUUGAGAAGCCUAGUAGAGAGGAAAUAAGGGAGGAGUGCAUAUUGCAUUUGGGGCCAUCAAAACAGGAAAAUGGCAUCAAUAUAGCAUAUGGAGAUGGAAGAGUGCAGGGGUUUGAGUCUGUUGAAGAUCAGAAAGAACGCAACGCAGACUUGACAGAACAUGAUAACUGUGAAUUUAUUGUCACUGAGGACUCUGGUGUUUUUGAACUCAAUAUAUCAGAAAAAGAGACAGAAAAUGCACAGAAUGUUCAGACAAGUCUUGAAGCAUUAGCUUUUUCCAAUGGAAAAUGUGAUUUUGAUCAAAAGGUGCCAAAUUUUCACUAUGAAACUCCUUCCAAAGCACCAGAGAGUAUUGGAAGGUUAAGUCUCGAAACGAUCCCAGAGAGAUCAAGCAACGGAACUGAGCUUCGAAAGUCUCCAAGCUUCGAUUUUGGUGUUCACAGAAGAUCUUCAGAAUCAGAUCAAACUCCACUUCUCUGUCCUGAAAAGACUCCUACAAGAAGCUUAUCAGUUGGCUCCAAUGCAAAGUUCUCAAACUCAAUCACGAGAACUGGAUACAACCGAAACUCACUAGACUACGAGGCAGUGACAGUCGAAGAAAAGACUAUUCGAGUAGAAAGAAGUGAUUCAGACAUUUCCAGUACUCCUCUUUUAGGCUUAUCAAACAAAGGAGAAAACGACGAUCUGAAGGUAACAUCUGAAACACAACAGAACCAUGUUGCUGUUACAAAAAGAGAGGACUUUCAUGCAUCACAAGAAAAGGAAACUUGUCUAACUUCACCAAAAGGGAGCGGAAAACGCAAGCGUAGACCAUCUUUCUUCACCACUUGCAUAUGUUGCACAGCAGCCACACAUUAUUGA